AUGCUUCGGCACGAAUCGGUCGGUCCAACAGGAGUGCUACCAUCAUACCCUCAACCAACAGUCCAGCAGUAUCUCCAGCUAAUGGGUUUACCCCAACCUCACACAAUUACUGUACCGGCUCCUCAACCAGCCCCAAGCAACCAGCCAUGCCCACCCAGUCAACCAAGACCUCCACCUUCACCACAAACAUUAGCAGCUUUAGCUCUUCCUAAUCUGGUUUCUAGAUUACAACAAUCCUUGCCACCGACGGCCAAUCAACCUAGACCUGUCUCCACUCCGCCUUCGCUCUCCGCGAUAGGUCUACCUAAUUUGGUUGUUCCAAAAUCAGAAAUUAAAGCAGAAAAACCAUCAAGCGUUGAUGCUAAAUUGCUUAACAAUUUGGCUGUAGCCUUACAAUUAUUAAUAGUUAGCAAUAUUUUAAACUCGCCACCUCCAAAAGAAUCGUUAUUAGCAAAAUCUGCAAGCGAAAACAGUCCUUAUGCGCCCCCGUGUUCGGCACCAUCUUUACCGAACUCAAAUUUUAUCGGAGGUUCAAAUUACCCUGAGCAGGGUUUGUCAAAGAGUUAUAAGCCUACUAGAAAUGGCUUAGCGUUAAUGUCGCCUUACGAAGCUUUGGCGCCUGUAAAAUCAUAUUCAGAUUCGUAUUCUUUUGGUUCUUUGAAUCCGCGGCAGGACUUCCAGUCUCCUUAUGCUGCCAUCUCCGCGCAAUGCCUGAACCGCAUUGUACCUGGAUGUGGACAGAACAUACUUCCAAUGCCAGUUCAAGUUCCAGACACACUACUCCAAAACCAGGUCAUAAUUGGACAGAAUUAUCCACAAAUGGUCGACUUACCUUAUGGAGUGGAGGCUAUCGUACCCAACCAAGUGUCUAUUCCAGCUACAACUAUUAUCCAGGAUAGUUCAGUAGCUAAUAACCUGGCUAAUGCUUUACAGCUCCUUGUUGUAAGCAAUUUACUAUCCAAUACUCUGCCAUCUGCAUCCCCAGACGUGAUUAUCCCAGGUUUGGGUUUGGGUGAUUAUGGAAUGUUGGCCCAGUAUAAUCCAAUGUUAGCCCCGGUCAAUCCAAUGUUAGCCCCGAUUAAUUCUGUAAUUUCUCCAAUUAAUUCUUGCGGUUGCGCGCCGUGGGUUUAUUGA